ACGGUCACACCAACUGCCUGUCUUUCAUAAUUUCAAGAUCAGAACUUUAUAUCUCAAAAUUUGAGCAAACAUCAGUCGCCGCCGUAUGCGGGACAGCUGGAAAAAGGGGCAGGGUUGUGCCACUGCUCUACACUUACAUAAUGUCCCUGUCUCUGGUCGGCAAGGUCCGGAAGUGUAUGCCAGACAAGCGGCCUCUCCUUCUUCUGUGUCGAUCGCUGAACCAAGAUCUGACAACGGCACUGCGGCCCUUUUAUUUUGCUGUGCACCCGGAUUUCUUUGCCCAGCAUCCUGAGCAGCGGAACACCAAUGAGAACUCUCUUAAAUUAUUAAGUGAGCAUCUGGAGGCUUUGUACGAGCGACGUCAAAAGAAUGAUGGCACGGGGGUCCUGAAAUUCUACGUGCGCGCCAGCCCAGAUGCGGACAAGCGUGACUCCUUCCGUUUAAUCAAAAUUCGUACAGAUAAACAGAGUACCAGGGAUCCAAAGAUAUUCAUCCAAGGCCUGCUAGAGUCCUGUAAUCUAUCGACGGAGUAUGUCAAGAAAAUUAAGCCUCAACCGGAACCGCCAAAGGGCUCAGGGCAACACAUGGGCUUCCAGCCCGGUAAGGACUAUCAUUACGACAAGGAUUUUGCCGACUUUGAAUACCAAGUGAAGAAUGAGCGUGCCAGCAAGCGACCUGACAUAUCUAGUUGGUUAAAGGACAAUGUCGGCAAAGCAAAACAGCGUGCCAAGGAAACGGCCGAGCUACAGGCUGAAAUCGAUAAGCUUCAAAAGACGCUGGUGGCCAAACUGAAGCUGCGAGAUGCCCGAUACGAGUGUGGCUGGAACAUCGAACACUAUCGGGGAUGCCUAAAAACACUAGAACGACUAGCUAACACACAUGGCGUGGAAUUGGCCCCUCUCAAGGGACGCAUCGUCGUCUUUGCUCCCUUCACGGGUAUCAGCCUAGAAGGACAUGUGAUGCUAUUCACCGGUGACGUGCUUAACAACUGGAUCGAUUUCAUUAAGAACAUUCCCCACCACGACACCUACUUGAAGGUGGUUCCUGUGUAUGAGCGCACUCUGUCGCGGGUUCUGCUGGAUAUUCAAAUCGGUCGGAGGAAAUUCAUGCCCAAACAACAGGCCAGCGGCUACGCCAACCACCUCAUGAAAGUUACCACAUCGCUCAACGAUUACCUGGGAAAACAAAAAUUUCCGAAAGGCUGGCCCGAGUCGCUCAAAGAAUUCACCAUCGUUGUAGAGUCCGAAGCGGGCCCGUUGAUGGUUAGCCCUACUGGUCAGUUCAUAACACCCGCCACCUGCCCUGGCGCCAUAUUGGUUGAUUUUAUUUCUCAAAAUAUGAAUCUGGCCAGGGAUAGGAUGAAACAGUACGCUCAGGACAAGCACGUCGAGCAGGAGCUAAUAAACUCAUGCAUUAAGAAGCUCCAACUACACGCACUGACCAAAGAUGAUGCUAUUACUCCAGAUAAGAUGAUUUCAGCUCUCAGGGAUGUUUCUGAAAUGCAGCUUCAAUCACUGCAGCAGGGAAAACUGCACAUUACCCACUACUACUCGAUUCUGACGGAUGGAACCAUGUGUAUACCUUGGGACUUCAAGACGAAGUAGAAGAAUAUUUUUCUCAUGUGCCUUAUUAGUCAAAAUAAACAUAGUUAUACAAAUGGGUAUCAA